GACACACUCAAGAACUGUCUCCGAGUCAAGCAGUGCACCCCGAGAUAAGGCUCCAUCUCCAUGCCCGGCUGCCGGCCUCUGAGUGCACGGCCUCUGCACUUCUCAGGAAGCCGGCCGCAGACGCCUGACUCAUCUCAGCAAAGAAAAUAUAUUUCCAUGCAGAUUCAAGACACAAAAGAAGAAGGAGGGAGGAAAGGAAAAUCAGACUCUUUGAAUACUCCACGGAUCUAAAAUUCAUUUAAUGCAUGAAAACUGACCGUGCUUCAUACUUAUCCUGCAGAAUGCAUUCGAUACUCCAUUUAAAUGAAAUAUACUGAACAUUUCAUGACUGGCACUUAUGUCCUGCCUUGUCACGGCUGGGUAUUGAUUUGCCUCUGCUCUACCCACCUGGACAUCUGCCCCACGCCUGGGUCGGCCACCAUGAACAUGACCAACGGGGUCCUUGGUUUCUGCUGUCGGUACUGGCUUUGAGGAGAGUGGCCGUGCACAGGAUCUGAUUGACCGUCAUGGUCCCUGUACUCCUGAUUCUUUGGGGAGCCACGGUGAUACCACCCGCCGACUUACUUCCUGACCCAAAGCUGUCCCUUCUCCCGCCUGUGAAUUUCACCAUCAGAGUCACGGGUUUAGCUCAAGUCCUUUUAAGCUGGGAACCAAAUCCUGACCAAGAGCCAAGGAACGCUCACCUGGAAUACCACGUGCAGAUCCACGCCCCACAAGACGAUGACUUUGAAACCGGGAGCACGGAGAGCACCUGCGUGGCCCCCCUCCACGAAGGCUUUUCGGCAAGCGUUCGAACCAUCCUGCAGGAAGGGCACGCCCCCCUGGCCAGCAGCUGGGUCUCUGCAGAACUCCAAGCCCCACCAGGGUCUCCCGGAACCUCAGUCUCGAAUUUAACUUGUGCCACCAGCACGACGACGGCAGGUGGUGGCCACCUGAGGCCACACCGAGUUUCUCUCCACUGCACCUGGCUGUCGGGCGAGGAGGCCCCCCCAGACACGCAGUACUUCCUCUACUACAGGUAUGGCUCUUGGACCGAGGAGUGCCAGGAAUACAGCAAAGACCCGACCGGCAGAAAUACCGCCUGCUGGGUCCCAAGGUCGUUCAUCAGCAGCAAGGGGCACGGCUGGCUGGCGGUCCACGUUAACGGCACCAGCAGGACAGCUGCCAUCAGACCCUUUGAUCAGCUGUUUGGGGUGCAAGCCAUCGCUCGAGCGAAUCCGCCAGCCAAUGUCACAGCCCAGAUCCAGGGAACGCGUCUCUCCAUCCGUUGGGACAAACCCAUUUCCGCCUUUCCACAGCACUGCUUUGAUUACGAAGUGAAGAUACACAACACAAAGAAGAAUUAUUUGCAGAUGGAAAGGAUCACGACCAACGCGUUUGUCUCCGCCAUUGACCAUCUCUCCAAGUACUCCAUUCAAGUGAGGGCGGCCGUGAGCCCCGCCUGCAGGACAGCCGGGCUCUGGAGUGAGUGGACUCCACCCAUCUAUGUGGGAAGCGAGGCGCGGAAGCCCCUGAUGGAAUGGCUGCUCAUCCUGCUCACGGUGACCGUCUGCUUCGCCGUGUUGAUCUGCCCGCUGCUCUGCAGGAUAUGUCACUUGUGGGCCAGGUUGUUUCCACCUGUUCCAACCCCGAAAAGUCACAUCAAAGAUCUCCUGGUGACCGCUCACUGUGAGAAAGCGGGUUCCAGUGCCACAGAGACGGAAGUCAUAAGUUUCGUGGAAGGGCUUGGAUGUGAGGUCUUGGAAAAUUCCGUGUUCUGAUUCCUUGGAGCCUUCUUGGAAGGACUUGCACCACGUUCUGGCCCAUGAGAACAGGGACGGCUGCUUCUUCCGCGAAGACGUGUUCAGCAUUUAAGGAGCCCUCAGCAGGGCGAAAGGGGCGCACGCCUCAAAUCCCAGCGGCUUGGGAGGCUGAGGCAGGAGGAUCCAAGCUUGAGGCCAGCCUCCGCAACUAAGCGAGGCCCGAAGCAACUUAGCGAGACCUUGCCUCAGAAGAAAAUAACAACACUGAGCUGAAAAUCUCAGGAAGGACAUGGGCCUAAAGUCAAUCACGAAUCCGGAUUCAGAGAACUGUCUUUCCCAUAGCAAUCGGGAGCUGCCCAUUUUUGAGGGCUUUUUUCUUGGACUUCUAGAAUCCCUUUUGCUCAAGGAGCAGGCAUGUGCGUGUGAGAGAGAGAACCAAACAGACUCUCUCAAGCCCCAGCGGCCUGAUCCAGGGAGCACCCUUUGAGGCAAACUGAUGUGAAAACAUCACCCUGCUCUUGAAGGUAGCAUUAAUAUUCUGGAAAUAUUAAGGAAAUAUCUCUGUCACCUUGACAAGCCUGUGUGGCCUCUAGUCACCUUAUCAAUGCCCCCAUUCAACAGAGGCACUCACAGACGUUGAGAGAGGUCCGUAGGCAGAAAAUGGCAUAGUGAGGAGGUGAAUGCCAAGUUCAGGUGACCCCAGGAAGAGCCCAUGGGGGGAAAGAUAAGACCUGCUUUAGGGAGCAGGAAGGCCGAGCCUAGGGAUGUGCUGUAGUCAUUUACCAAGGGUUUGCCCCCCGCCAUCUGACCCAGGAUCCCUGGAAGGUGUCCAGAAAACUAUUUUUAAUGAACACCUUAGAUCAGGAGUUGUAAGCAAGCAUCCGCCGGGCACCGUGGUGCACACCUGUCAUCCCAUUGACUCGGGAGGCUGAGGCAGGAGGAUCGCGAGUUCAAGGCCAGCCUCGG